AUGGGUAAAAAUAAGAAGAAAACAGGUAAGAAGGCCAAGAGUCAUCCUCAUGUGGAGGACGUUGAUGAAACCGUCAAUAAACCUGAAGAAAUCAUCAAUUCUGUAAACGUCACCGUUCCUCCAAAAAUGUCCACAGAUCCAGAGGCUGAUGGUAUCGUGGCAAGCCCGGACGAUGAGGGGAAAGAUCUCUCUGAAGGAGUAGACAAACAAAAAGUAAAUGACGGCCUGACUGUAGACACCAUAAAUCCUUUAGAGGACAAAAAGGCUGGUGAUGAGAUGAAGGAACUAAGGGAAGAAAUUGAACGUUUAAAAUUGGAACUAAGCCACAAGAAGGAUCAAGAAACGCCUAAUGAAGACUUCAAAAAUGAACUAGCAAAUGUUAUUAAGGAAAGAGACGAAUUCAAAACACAGUAUGACACAUUAUUGAGCAAGAUAUCUUCUAUGAAAUCAAUUUUUAAUAAGAUGAAAGAAGCACAAAAACAAUUAGAGGAAGUGCAGGAGCAGCUUACUGAAUAUGAAUCACAAAAUCUGAAAUUGAAGAAGAAACUUGAAGCUACCAAGACCGAAAACUCUGAAUUACAAUCCACGAUUGUGACCCUAAAUACAGAGUUAGAAAACCUAGAAAAGGAGCAAGAAAGUACAGAAGAGGUUUUUUUGGAAUACGAAUCAAGGAUAGAAGCUUUGGAAGAUGAAAAACACGACAUAAUUGAAAAACAUAGUAAGGAACUUAACACUUACAGGAAGGAAAAAGAUCAAUUAAAUCUCCAAGUUCAGGAACUCAUGAUAAUCUUAGAAAAUAAUAAACAAGAUAUAUCUGACUUGAGAACAGAAAGAGAUGAAUUGAGACAGGCUUUGGAAUCCCAUGAAAAGGAGAAAGCAGUAUUAAAGAAUUCUCUAAAUGAUCUGGAAUUGAAGAUAGAAGAAGUUGACAACAAAAGGGAAGAAGAGGCUAGAGAGAGAGACCAGGAAGUCAAAUCUUUACGAUCCCAACUUGACACGGAGAUAGAAACGCACAACAAUGACACAGAAGCUUUAGAAAGCAUGAAAAAACAGCUAGAAGCCAUGAAGGAGGACGCCUCUAUGAAGGAAAAAUAUGAGGAAGAAUCUAAGCAGCACAUCUUACAGAUCGGAAAACUACGUCACGAAGCCAUUAUACUAAAUGAGCAUUUAACAAAGGCACUGGCCAUGUUGAAGAAAUCAAGCGAUUCUGAAUCCGUUGAUAAAGAACUGAUAUCCAAUCUAUUGAUAUCUUUCGUGUCCAUACCCAGAGCAGACCCAAGAAAGUUUGAAGUUCUUGAAUUACUGUCCAAUUUCUUAAACUGGGAUGAAGAUAAGAAACAACAGGCCGGCUUGAUCUCGAAUAAUGAGUCUAAGAAUUCAAGCGCUGUAUCGAGAACGGAAAGCUUUGUAUCGCUUUGGACCAACUACCUCGAGAAAGAGAGUGAGAAAGACUAA